AUUGAUUCACGACAUACCUACCAUGUAAUUUUGCAUGACUUCCCCGAGGGUGCGAAGGACAGGCGGUAGAAACCAUGACAAGCAUGGCCCACUUCCUUGUGGAUACCACGUGAUAAAGUGCAUAUUUACAGUUCCUUAAUUAUAACCGUGGAAUCUACGAGCGCUGCCUAUCAGAUUUAUCCAUAUGAGGAUGAAAUGAUGGAACGGAUUUAUACCACUUUUAAUGCUGUUGUGCUGAUUUCCGUGACAUCAACAUUUUGGGUAUUAGCGAUAUAUAUAUACAGUAUGAAUGACCAUGUGUUUUUCAAACCAAAAGGUUCAAAUACAAGUUAUUCUGAUGAGAAAAUCAACAAAUUAAUUUCUGAUAAGACAGUCAUUAUCCUUGUUUACGGAGCUCCAGUCUAUCUAAACCCUUUUAUAGACCACUUCCACAAAAAGACAUGUCCCGCAGUGCCCAACUGUUUCGUUUCUAAAAAUCCAUCAGAUUUUCAAAACAGUACAGCAGUGAUUUUUAAUGCGGAGUCGCUGCCAGGUAGGCCACCAAGAAAAAUGGAAAAACAAUAUUGGAUAUUCCAUGGAAUGGAAACUGUGCAUCAUAUGCCAAAACCUGGAAAACAAUGGGGUGGUCAAUUUGAUUACACAAUGUCUUUUCGAAAACAUUCAGAUAUAUUCAGACCUUACGGGAAAAUAAAACGCCGUGAAAAGGAAUUAAGCAGAAAUUACAGCGCAGUUUUCCAGAAGAAGAAGCCAGGCGCUGUAUGGAUGUCUGGACACUGUCCUGUUCCGUCCAAACGCAAAGCUUUUGCGCAGGAACUAGGGAAAUACAUGCACGUGGAUCUCUUUGGUAAAUGCGGCACUCGUCCAUGUGGAAUAAAGACUGACCUCUUAAGUCAAUGUCUCAUAGAUGUUGCACGUGAUUAUAAAUUCUAUCUCUCGUUUGAAAACACAAUUUGUCCCGAUUACACUACAGAAAAGUUAUUCAACUUGUAUUUAUAUGAUCUUGAAAUCGUCCCAGUGGUAAAUGGACCCGCUAACGCUGCAGACUACUUGCCCAAUGGAACAUAUCUCAACGCUUUACACUUUCCAUCGGCGAAGGAACUGGCUCGAAAGUUAGUUGAGAUAGGUUCAAACGAGAAAAAAUACACCGAUUAUCUGAAAGAGAAAGACAAAUAUUUUGAUGUUGGCAAUGGUGAGGUAUUCUCUGAUGCUAUGUGUCAAAUAUGUGAGAAAGUGGCAAAUAAUCCGAAGAGAAAAUCUAAAACUUGGAAUUAUUGGACUUCUAUGUUAAAAGACGGUUGCUAAUAAAUAUGUUGCACAUGUAAAGA